GGUCGUUGCUUAAUUUACCAGUACAAAUAUAAAUAGCCUCACAGUAUCACAUAAACCAAUCUGGUGAAUGCUUGUACUCAGAAUUAUGGAAAUGAAUCAUUGGUUUCAUUCGCAGACAGCGUCAUCAAUAGAUACUUGUCCCUGUGACUGUCUGGAAGUCUUCUUAAGGGAGGUACAAAUAUACAUUUCACAAUGUUAAAGGGAAUAGAGUGUGGUCAUAGGAGUAUUUCAACAAACCAUAAGAACUUGACUUAAUGACAACCUCCAUGAAAUAUGUGUGUCCUGACAUCAUCCGUUACAAAGUGUAACAUGAGUCUCUUUACUUUGCUGAUGUCACUGCUGGGAAAUGUUCUGCCAGGUUGGCUUUUCUGUGUGGAUUUUGGGCAGGGUGUUUAACCAUCUUCUGGAAAGUGUUAAACUCUAGAUAGUAGAAAUAGUUAAGUGUCAUUUUGUGUCACUCAGAAUGUGGUGUUUUUUGUGUGUGACAUGGGACUGUCGAGUGUUGUGUAACACUUUGGGUUGCAAGCCACACCUUUCCACACCUCCUCAUACAUAGGUGCAGUUGAUCCGGGCUCCAGCAUAAAACCAGGACGGGACAGGACAAGUAUAAGACUCUAUUGAAAUAUGUUGUGGACAAUAUUCUUACUACUUAAUGGACUGCUUAUACUAGUGCUCCGGUACUCCACUCGCACAAGACAGGAUAAUGAGCCUCCUCUGGACAAAGGCUUCUUUCCAUGGUUGGGGCACGCUCUUGAGUUUGGGAAAGAUGCUGCAAAGUUUUUGGCCCGGAUGAAAGAGAGACAUGGGGAUAUUUUCACAGUCUGUGUUGCUGGUCGUUACGUGACGGUGCUGUUGGAUCCAAACUCUUUUGACGCCGUAAUAAACGACACGGUCUUUUUUGACUUCACGCGCAACAGAAACCAGCUCAUGAAAAAGAUCUUCAGUCUGCAGCUGCCGAGUAUCACACCCAGAGCAGAGAGGCACUGGAUGGAACGGCAUUUUCAAGAUGUCAGUCUCUCCAAGCUCAGCAGCUCCAUGAACACUCACAUUCAGAGCCUGCUGCUGAGUGACCAGCACGACUGCAGCCCUUCAGGGUGGAGACAGGAUGGACUCUUUAGCCUUUGUUACAGCCUACUCUUCAGGGCCGGAUAUCUGACUUUGUUUGAGAGGAGAGACAAUGCAUCUGCAGUCUACAAAGAGUUUCGCAAGUUUGACGAUCUUCUCGCCAAACUCGCUCGAGGCUCACUCAAGCGAGGGGAAACCAAAACAGCCAACUCAUGCCGGGUUCGACUGUGGGAGCUGCUGUCCCCAAACUGUCUGAACGGAGGGUCAGGGUCAAACUCUUGGCAGCAGAGCUACCACGGCUUCCUGCAGGAGGAGGGAGUAGAUGCUGAAAUGCAGCAAAGAGCUUUGCUUUUGCAGUUGUGGACCACACAGUGUAAUGCUGGACCUGCUGCCUUUUGGCUCCUUGGCUUCCUGCUCACUCAUCCUGAGGCCAUGGAGGCUGUUAAAUCAGAGAUCAGAGGCCUUGCUCGCCCCGACGCCGCCCUGCAGUCCUCUGCCAUCACCCUGCUGGAAGCACACAGCACACCGGUGCUCGAUGGUGUUCUGAGCGAGACCCUUCGGCUCACCGCUGCAGUAAUGAUCAGCAGAGAGGUGGUGCAGGACAAGAUCCUGCUCACGGCCAGUGGAAAGAACUACUACCUCAGAAAGGGGGACAGAGUUUGUCUGUUCCCCUUCCUCAGCCCUCAAAUGGACCCACAGAUACACCAAGAACCACAGAUUUUCAAGUAUGACCGCUUCUUAAAUGAGGUUGGGUCUUCACCCGGGGAAAAUAGAACAGUAAAGGAUAAAUUCUACAAAGAUGGAAAUGCAGUGAAGUACUGCACCAUGCCCUGGGGUGCGGGGAGUAGCAUCUGUAUCGGGAAAGACUUUGCUGUUACAGCCAUUAAACAGUGAGUAUAACAAUCCAGUGUUUUUCAAUGUCUUUAUCUUUCAAUGAUGCAUUGAUGGUUUUAAAAUUAUACAAUAAUAAUCAAAGCAUUUCCUGCAAUUUCACCCCAAUUACGGGAGCAGCAAAGUAUAUCUCCGAAUAACAUUUCCUCCAUUUUUUCAUCAGUCUUGCUUCAUUAUUACCAACAAUCUGUAAUAUAAUAAUCAGUUAUACUCUGUAAUGAACUGCAGGGUUCAACAAUAAGGAUGGCCCGCUUGCCAUGGGCAAGUAAAAUGCCACAUCAGGCUAGUAAAUCUUGCAAGUCAAUUGCCUGAUCGAGCAAGUGGUGAAAAAUAAUUAAACACAGAGCUGGUGAUGGAUGUAGCUAAGAAGAGAGCCACCACGCCCCCUUUUCCUCUCUGGUGAAAAAAUGGCGGCCAGUUAAAACAUUUUAUGAACUGAAGUGUAAGCAAGCAUUUCAAGUAUCCUGGAAACCUGAGUUGAGUAGCGUUAGAUAUGGACAAAACUCCAGAUUCUUAAAUAAAAAUUGAACAUGGUAAUUAUCUUUGGACUUUGUUAUUUGAUAACUGCUAAUAAAAUAGAACAACUUGUAUCUAUAGGGGCAAGUGUACAUUGACAUAGGGCUAACCUGUAGUAAAAAUGAUAAGAAUAAUAGACAGUCAUUUGGGAUAGCAUGUGUUUUUCAGAUAUCAGAUCCAGUAGCAAAGGUUAAAGGUCAAUCCUUGUAAUGCACAACACACACAAAAGAGCAGGCAUUUUUUAGUCUUUUUGCUAUUUAUUUCAG